GUUCUGGGAUCGCAGUGUGGCCCUGCCGCCGGGGAGCCUGCAAGUGCGGGGUGGUGCCGCCCAGCAGGAAGAGGUGUACCUUUCUAGAGCCACCCUCUUGCAAAGAAAAGAUGUGGAGUGGGCUGCUACCUCCUGGCCUAAAUGAAAGUGAUAUUGAGUCGAAUUCUGAAGAUGAAGCCCCAUUAGAGAACUCUGGACCUAACUUACAGGAAGAUGAAGAAGAUGGGGUCAUUACAAAAACAGAGAUCUCAGAUUUUCCCACAGAUGGUCCAAAACCCGACGCUGAGGCCAAUGUCAAUGCCUAUGAAGAGUGCCCUUCUGGAAUUCCCUUAAACAUGUGGAAUAAAUUUCAAGAAUUGCAUAAAAAAAAUUCUGAACAGAAAAUCUCAACGUCAAGAUUCAGAAGGAGGAAAAGAAAACGCUCCAGGAAAGGUAAAUUGAAGAAUGAAGAAGAGUCUCAAAGGGCCCAGACCUCAAGUGAAGCCCAGUGGAAGGAGCUUACUCAGUAUUUUGGAAUCAAUGAGAGGUUUGACCCUCCUGUUAAAAAGAAAAAAAUUGAGAAGUCGGGCCUUGAGAAGAGAAUCGACCAGGCUGUGGAGGAGUGGGACAUUGAGAAGGCCGAGGGGCUCAGCAACCAGCUGGCCACGCGGGAGCUUGGUGUGAAAAUUGCCAAAGCGGUUGCCUGCCACAACUUUGUAAAAGCCAAAAAGGAUGCCGAAAACUCACAGGUUGCUCGAAAAAAGAAGAAACUUGCAUGGGGGUUCGAAGCAAAGAAGAGAUGGGAGACCAAGAGCAACAUGGGGUAUAUGUAGCGUGCGGGCGCUCCGCCGGGCCCGGCGUCUUCGCCUGGCUUUUCCCGGACUCUUCGGCCGCUCGGGUGACCGAGAAGAUGUCGCUGUGGAUGUUACCCGUGUCAGGAAACAGCCAGCAGCCGGAAGAAUGAGCAAAACUGCGGGAUUUGAUUAUUAUAUCUUUUUAGUCUUUUUCUAGAGAGUUCAUUCUGUUGACAUGAAGGAGGUGGAGCCUUCUGUUACUUGUACACGAAAUCUAAGUAUACGUACCAGGAUUUUA